CUUAUAUCACAUAAAAAUGUCUUUAGUCCACUUGGCAAACUUUGCUGCACAUGUCAAGAACUGUACAAAGGUGAACAUGGCCGCCACGUCGGUACCAUUUCUGAGAUUACAUCUUCAAGUCGCCCUUGGUUUAUACAGAGAAGGGUUCCUUCUGUCGAUUCAAAAGGGAUCAACCAGUGGUCCAGACUUGGCACCUGUUGACAUCACCCCAGACAACAUUUCCACACGUCGUUUAUGGCUCGGUUUGAAGUACAGAAACAACCAACCAGUCAUCAGAGAAUUUGCCUUGGUCCUGAAACCAGGUAGAAAAGUAAACUUGACCAACACCGAAGUCAAGGCAUUGGCAUCUGGUCUUACGGUACGGUUCAUCCGUCCUUUACAACCGCUGGAGUGUAUGUUUAUCAAGACCCCAGAAAAGGAAGUUGUAGAGCUUCAAGAAGCCGCAAAGAGACACUUGAGCGGGAUGGUCUUGUGUCGUGUUAGAUAGAAUGAGAGCCCACCCGUUUGCAUUGUACAU